AACCAAAAAAAAAAAAUAACUAAAUCAGCGGCUGUCACCGCGGAUGAAUUGUCAUUUUUCCGCUUUCAUACAAAUCGGAUUUAAAGUAAUUUCAACUAACAUAAAUAGUAUAGUACCAAAUUAAACAGCAAAAUGUCCAUUUUGGCAUACAAUGGAGGUGCGGUGGUCGCUAUGAAGGGCCAGGACUGCGUGGCCAUCGCGACGGACAAACGCUUCGGUAUCCAGGCGCAAACUGUGUCGACUAACUUCCCCAAGGUGUAUCAGAUGGGGCCUACGUUGUUUGUUGGUCUUCCCGGCCUCGCGACCGACACACAAACGGUGUUUCAAAGACUUAAGUUUAGAAUGAACCUGUACGAACUGAAAGAGAACAGAAUAAUGAGACCCAAGACCUUCUCAGCGAUGCUCUCAAACUUGCUGUACGAGAGGCGUUUCGGACCCUACUUCAUUGAGCCUGUGAUUGCUGGCCUGGACCCCAUUGAUAACCAGCCCUAUGUGUGCAAUAUGGAUCUGAUUGGCUGCCCCAACGAGCCUGAAGAUUUUGUAGUGUCUGGAACAUGCUCAGAACAGUUGUACGGCAUGUGUGAAGCUCUGUGGGAGCCUAAUCUGAAGCCAGAUGAGCUGUUUGAGACCAUCUCACAGGCAUUAGUGAACGCGGCGGAUCGUGACGCGAUCUCCGGUUGGGGCGCUGUGGUGUACAUUAUUGAGAAGGAUAAGAUCACAGAGAAGCAUGUCAAGACGAGAAUGGACUAGGUUAUUGUAAGGCACAGGGCACACUGCCCCAGUAUUUCUAAUAAAAUUUAUUAAACUCUA